AUGACUCAGCCACGACGUGUGCCUUGUCCUCCCACCCACGUCUCCAGCUGGGUGGACUGUGGCAGUAACACAGCCUCCCUCUCCUGGGAUGCCAGCCCCAACGCCAUCUCCUACACUGGCAGUGCGGUGGGCACAGAUGGGCACAGAGUGAGCUGUGGCGCUGCCACCCCAGGGUGCCAGAUGGUUGGGCUGCACUGUGGUCAGGAGUAUGUCUUCACUGUGUCUGCCUCUGAUGGUAGCUGUGAGAGUCCCGAGAGUAACACGUUCACACAGGAGACAGCCCCCUGUGCCCCCCAGAGUGUAGUGAACAGUCUGUUCUGCAGGACAAACACUCUGAGCGUCAGCUGGGCCCCUGCAGCUAUCGCCCUGAACAACAGCGUCACCGCCAUGGCUGGUGAUGGUACUGCACUCUCCUGCACAACAGAGGGCUGCACCUGCGAGCUAGACGGGCUACAGUGUGGACAACAAUACACUGUUGCCGUGACAGCCACCAGCAGCAACUGUACCGGAACUACCAGCGCACCACAGACAGUCCAGACAGUGCCAUGUGUUCCCUCCAGUGUGCAUGGGGUUGUGGACUGUGCCUCUAACACCCUGCAGGCCUCUUGGGAUGCCACGGAUGGGGCUCACGCUUACAUUUCCACAGUGACUGGGCCAGACAGUUACACCUCGACGUGCUCUACCGCCAACCUGACCUGUUUCUUCACCGGCCUGGAGUGUGCCAAGGAGUACAGCGUCAGCGUGGUCGCCAAAGACGACCAGUGCAACAGCUCUGUCAGCGUUGACGUCUCAGUGGCAACAGCCCCAUGUGACCCAGAAAACGUGGCUUCCCUGCUGCAGUGCAGCUCAGGCGUGGUGACGGUGUCCUGGGAGGCCAGUGCUGGAGCCACCGGAUACACUGCCACGGCACAGGAGGACGGAGAGACACACUUUACUUCCUGCAGCACCACAGGCACUUCCUGUGACCUCACCCAGCUGGAGUGUGGAGAGGUUUACACCAUGACAGUUGUGGCCAGGGACGGAAUCUGCAACAGCACAUUGCUGGCAACAACCACCAUUGAGACAGUCCCCUGUCCACCCACCAUCAAGGACCACUCCCUGGAUUGUGCCUCAAACCAGGCCUACAUCUCCUGGGUUGAAGAUGACGAUGCUGUGGGCUUCCUCAUCAAUGCCAGCUCUGCCAUGGGUCACACCCCCUUCUGCAGCUCCACCAACACCUCCUGUCUCCUUGACGACCUGCUCUGCGGACAGACCUAUACUGUGCAUGCCAUCGCCCAGGGAGACCAGUGCAACAGUGAGCCCAGCGAGUCGUUUGAGAUCGUCACAGCCCCUUGCACCCCAGCCAACGUCCGGUCCCAGUACGAGUGUGGUACGAGUAUAGCUCUGCUGAGCUGGGACGAGACUCUGGGGCGUGAUAGCUUCAUCGCCCGUGUAGAGUCUGGUGACCACAGUGACUCCUGCAGUACGACUGAGACCCAAUGCUCUUUGACCACGCUCAUGUGUGGUCAUCUCUACAAUGUGACCGUGGAUGCUCUGGCCGGACACUGCAACAGCAGCCAGUCAGCUGCCACACAGAUACAGACAGCUCGCUGUGCCCCGCAGAAUGUCAGUGCCAGUCUGCUGUGUAGAAACAACACCGUGGCUGUGACCUGGCUGGCCAGCUCUGGUGCCGUGGGCUACAAUGUGACCGCCCUUGGUCGCGACGGCGACGCCAAAACCUGCACCACAGACGACACCCGCUGUGAUGUGCCGAACAUGCACUGCGCUCAGACCUAUGAAAUCACUAUCACCCCCUUCUCUGAGACGUGUAAAGGCUUUCAGAGCACUGCCUUCACCUUCAUUGCAGGUCCCUGUCCCCCCACCGAGGUCCAGACCUCUCUGCAGUGCGAGAGUAAUGUGGGUUCCGUGUCCUGGGUAGCCGCCCCCACCUCCAAGAUGUACACUGCAACAGCGACCGACCAGGACGGCCACGCCCACACCUGCAUCACCAAUGGGACGGCGGGCUGCUCCUUCAGCGACCUGAAAUGCGGCGAGACCUAUAACGUCUCAGUGGUAACCAUGGAGAGGGGAUGCCAGAGCGAGCCCAGCGCACCAGUCACCCUCAAAGCAUCCAUCUGUCCUCCUACCAGCCUGGCUGGAGUGACGGACUGUGGCACCAACGACCUGACUAUCACCUGGGACCAGAACUCAGAGACCGGUGUCACCUAUUUCCUGUAUUCCCAGAAAGAGGGCGGAGCCAACACCAGCUACUCCACUGUAGACACGUCCUAUGUAAUCUCAGGGCUGCAGUGUGGAGAACACUACAGCUUCAGGGUCACGGCCAAGGACUCUGUCUGCACCAGCAGCCUAAGCUCAACCAUGGAGAUGGACACAGCUCCUUGCCCGCCCACCAACCUAACUGCCCAAGCAAACUGUAGCACCAAUGGUGGCACCAUCACCUGGGACUUGAGUGCAGGAGGUGUCACCUACACCGCCACGGUAACCGGUACCACCCACAGCCUCACAGCCUUCUGUACUUCCAACGCCACUUCCUGUUCUGUGAAGCUGGACUGCGGACAUCCUUACUCAGCCUCCGUGGUUGCCUCCACUGGGACCUGCAACAGUACCAUGGACACCAUCCAGUUCGACUCAGCCCCCUGUCUACCUGGCAAUGUAGCAGCAGCCCUGGACUGCAGUGCCAACACAUUUGCAGUGCAGUGGUCAGAGAGUGAGGGGCACCGCAACUCCUACACAGCCCUGGCCAUCGGCAGUGACGGGUCAAAUCUCAGCUGUGGCACCAGCUCUACAACCUGCACCAUCAACAGCCUGGCCUGUGGCAUCACAUACAGCAUUGCUGUCAGCACCGCCAACGUCAACUGUGCCACUAUCGAGGGAUCAGACUACCGUAUCCAGUCAGCUCCCUGUAAACCAGAAAGCCCUGCGGUGAGCCUGGAGUGCAGUACUAACGUAGCCGAGGUGACGUGGGACAACGCUGGACCUGACCAAAUCCACAUGGUGUCAGCGGUGGACUGGCAGGGAGUGAAGAGCUCCUGUAACAGCACUGGCUCCAACUGCACCUUCAGCUCUCUGAGCUGUGGACAGGCCUAUACAGUCACUGUACAGGGCCUCACUGACACCUGCAAGAGCAAACUCAGCACCAGCAUGAACCUGCUCACAGCCCCCUGCGUCCCCACUCACUUGACAGCCGAUGUGGACUGUGAAGCCGGCAUCACGUCUGUAACCUGGGACUCAGCCCGCGGUGCCACCGGCUACACAGUCCAUGCAGAAGGCAGCGGUGGGCACAAUGCCACCUGUACCAGCUCAGACACCAACUGUGCUUUCCUUGAUCUGGUGUGUGGACAGGACUACACUAUGGUGGUGCUGGCUAACCACGACAGCUGUGUCAGCCUGGCCAUACCCUGCCGCCACACUGGCCUGCAGGCCUACCUGGACUGCAGUACCAACACAGCUCAGAUCUCCUGGACGUCUGGUAACGGCACUCUGAGCUACAAAGCCUUGGCCGAGGGCUUUGACAUCAAACACCAGCUCACCUGCUCCAGCCCCGGCUCCGGCUGCAAUAUCAGCAAGCUGCAGUGUGGAGAGAGGUACAGGGUCAGCGUCAGGGGAGAGGGGCGCACCUGCCCCAGCCCCGCCCGCGACUGGGUCGUAGUCAACACAGCGCCCUGCCCCCCUACGGCCCUCAGCGUUCAGUCCUCUUGCAGCUCUGACAACAUCUCUGUCUCCUGGGCGGCAUCCCAGGGUUCCGUCUCCUACACGGCUAUCGCCGUGAGCAACGAGGGCCACUGGUUGUCAUGUAACACCAGCACAACAGCAUGUGAUAUCUCAGGACUGUUGUGUGGACAGGAGUACAAGGUCUACGCUGCCGGAGUGGAUAACAGCUGUGUAGGAGCCAAAAGCAACAUCUACAUUGUCAAUACUGCUCCCUGUGUUCCCACGGACGUGCAGAAUGCCCUGGACUGCUUAUCAGGUGUCCUCACUAUCACCUGGCAACAGAGCGGCUACACCCCCAACCACUACCACGCCGAACUGACAAGCAGCGAGAGUUUGCUGACCGUGUGUGACACGAAUGUGACCACCUGCAUGGUUUCCAGAAUGCAGUGCGGUCUGACCUACAGUGUUGUGGUGGUGGCUCACGACGAUGUGUGCAACAGCUCCUACAGCCCCGCACAGCAGGUCACAGCAGCUCCCUGCCCUCCAGAUGCAGUCAGUGCCAUCGUGGACUGUGCCACCAACGUUGUCACAGUAACCUGGGACAACAGCGUUGCCGAGGUGCUGUACACAGUUACUGCUGAAUGUCCCAGUGGUCAGCACUAUACCUGCAACGUCACGGGAAUGGGCUGUGACCUCAGCACCCUGUCAUGUGGCACAGAGUACAAUGUGACUGUCACCCCGUCACAUGGCGGCUGUGUCGGUGUCAACACACCGUCUCAGCUGGUCAAGACAGCGCCCUGCGUACCCCGCCUCACCGAGGUAGAGAUGGAGUGUCUAUCAGAUUCCGCCUGGGUGGUAUGGGAGGAGUCAGCGGGGGCCGAGCUUUACGUUGUCGUGGCGACUGACAGCCAGGGGCAGACGUUUGAGUGUAACUCAACCGACAGUAACACGUGCGCUGUGCCAGACCUGCACUGUGGACUUCACUUUAACUUUACCCUCACCGCCUUAGACCAACAGUGCUCCAGCGCACCUAGCAACGCUGUGGUGUCCGAGACAGCCCCUUGCCCUCCCCAAGACACGCAGACCAAGGUGGGUUGUGAGAACCAUACGGUGAGUGUGUCCUGGACCCCCAGCGCGGGAGCUCUGAUGUACACGGCCACCCUGGAGCGCACAGACGGAGAGACCACCUUCUGCACCACCGAUGGCACAGGAUGUGACAUCACACAGCUGCCCUGCGGAGAGAUGUACGUCCUGGCGGUAACCGCUGAGGGACGCACCUGUAACACCUCCGAGAGCAUGGGGACUAUUGUCAGAACAGUACCCUGCACACCCCAGCGUCUGCAGGCCAGUGUGAGCUGCAGCAGUAAUGUGGCCAAUAUGAUGUGGAACACCCGCCGUGGAGGUCAGCUCUACUCUGUAGAGGCUACCGGAACUGACGGACACGUUGCAGGAUGCAUGUCGCAUGAGACCCGCUGUGAUCUCACCGGCCUGCACUGCGGCCAGCACUACACCGCCACCAUGGUGGCACGAGACAGUGACUGUACCAGCCUUGUGAGUGACACUGUGGAGCUCAAGACAGCACCCUGCAUUCCUGCCACUGUGUCCACUGUGAUGGACUGUGCUGCCAACGCCAUGUACGUGUCGUGGUCUAAGAGCUCGGGGGCUGACUCCUACCUAGCCACCCUGCAGGACAGCAACGGAAGCUCUACCACCUGUCAAGCCCUGAGUGGAGCAGCCUCCUGUAACGUCACCACACUCAGCUGUGGUCAGAUCUACCAUGUCACUGUAGCUGCCUCCGACGGAUCAUGCAGCAGCCCAUCUACUGAUGUCACCGACACCCACACAGCACCCUGUGCGCCUCGUAACAUAGAGACAGUGAUGGACUGCGAGGCCCGUGUUGCCAUGGUGUCCUGGUCUAUGAGUGCCGGGACUGUGUCCUACGUGGCUACAGCCACCACCCUGUCCGGCCACGCCGUCACCUGUGAGACCAGCGACACCUUCUGUGAGCUGGGAGGCCUGGCCUGCGGAGAGAGCUACUCUGUGUCUGUACAGGCCCAGGGAGAGAGCUGCAGUAGCAUGGCUACCAUGACAGGACAACUGGUCACUGAGCCCUGUGUACCUUUCCACCUGAGUGCUAAGUACAGCCUGACCAUAGGCCAGGUGUUGUGGGACGUGAGUCAGGGUGCUACCCUGUACAGCGCUGAGGCAGUGACGGAGGAGGGUCACCUUAUUAGCUGCAACACCAGUGACACCUACUGUGCCCUCUACAACAUGGCCUGUAGCCAGGUGUACACCGUCACCGUCACCGCACACAACAACAUCUGCCAAGGCAUGGCUACGUCCAAGUCUAUCAACCUCAAGACAGAGCCCUGUCCUCCCAACAACGUGGAGACAAGUGUUGACUGCAAGACUGGAACAGGCGCGAUUUCCUGGGAGAUGAGCGUUGGGGCAUUGGGAUACAUAGCAUUCUUCAAUGGACGCAAUGGAGACUCUCUGUCCUGCCACACCUUGGCACACCACACUUCCUGUAGGGUAGAGGGACUGAACUGUGGCACAGUUUACUACGCACGCGUCAGAGCCCUGGGAGACACUCUUAAUAGCACCGACUCUACCACUGUUCUGCUGGCCUCAGCUCCCUGUGUCCCCGCCAGCAUGGAGGCAGAGGUUGACUGUGAUAACGCCACGGCCCUGGUGACCUGGGGCUGGAGCAAUGGAGCCCAGUCCUACAUCCUCACUGCUAUGGGCAGCCACGGGCACCAGGCCUCCUGCCACACAGAGGAGAACUACUGCAACAUGCCCGAGCUGGCCUGUGGUGAGGACUACGACCUCACCCUGACCGCCAUCAACCAGAACUGCCAGGUGGAGACCCUGACUGGGGUCAGCUUCAGCACACGUCCCUGUGUCCCCCUGCAUGUGGGAGUGGACCUGCAGUGUGGGACCCACACUGCCACCUUGUCCUGGGAGCAGAGAGAAGGGCUGCAGUUCUAUGUUGCUAGCGCCACCUCCAGGGCUGGAGGAUCUACUGGGUCCUGCAACACUAGCAGCUCUAGCUGCCAGUUCCCUGCUCUGUACUGUGGGGAGACCUACAGCUUCACUGUGACCGCCCACAGCAGCCUGUGUCAGAGUGAACUCAGCAACACUGUCGAGAUCAAGACAGAACCUUGCCAGCCAGACCAGGUGACAGCUACAGGGUCAUGUGACAGUGAGACAAUGGUGGUUGUGGCGUGGGCCGAGGCCGAGGGGGCGGUGGUCUACAUGGUGACGGCCAUGGGAGACCUGGGAUACAUGACAGCGUUCCAGACCAAUGAAAGCAGCCUGGAGGCGGAGCUGCCCUGCGGACAGACCUACAGCUUCACUGUGAUUGGCCAGGACGAAAGUUGUGAUAGUCCAAUCAGUGAUGCUGCAAAGUUCAGGACUGCCCCCUGUGUGCCCCAGCAUGUGGAGAGCUACACUGUGUGUGAGAACAGCCUGGGCUCAGUGAGCUGGGCCGAGAGCGAAGGGGCGGAGUCCUACACCGCUGUCGCUGUCGGAACAGACGGCCAUACCCAUAUGUGCACCACCAACUCUACCAGCUGCACCUGGGAGGACCUGCACUGUGGAGACCUCUACACCGUCCACGUCAUCUCCAACGACUACCUGUGCAGCAGCUCCCCUAGCAACAGCACCACCGUACGCACAGCUCCCUGCGUGCCCCAGAACCUGGUGCCCACUCUGGACUGUGGCAGGAGGGUUGGCUCCCUGACCUGGGACCUGAGCCACGGUGCAGACUUCUACAUGGUGACUGCAGAGACCAACGCCGGCCACAAGGUGGAGCUGAGCACCAAUGACACCAACGCUUACAUCUCAGAGUUCCAGUGUGGUCAGGAGUACUACCUGUCUGUCCAGGCAGUGGAUUCAGAGUGCAGGAGUGCACCCUCUCCCCCUGCAACACUCAGGACAGAGCCCUGCAAUCCCACCUCCAUCUCUAGCACGAUGGACUGUCUCUCCAACAUCGCCAUGGUAACGUGGGCAGUGUCCGACGGCGGAGCCGAGUACUACACCGCCACGGUAGAACACGAGGACGGCCAAUCAAAGAGUUGCAUGUCGUCCAGCUUCCAGUGCGGCAUGCCCGACCUGCGCUGUGGCCAGAACUAUACCGUUACCGUCACCGCAUCCAACCAACAUUGUCACUCCGACCACAGUGUCAUCAACACCCUGACCACAGUUCCCUGUGUCCCUACCCAUGUUGUGGCCGUUAUGGACUGUUCUGACAACACAGCCGCAGUGACCUGGAGCCCCACCCAGGGCGCGCUGUCCUACAGAGCUGUGGCUCAGAGCCCCCACGGCGCCCUCUCCUCCUGCGAGAGCACUGACCCACAAUGCAUCCUGGCCAACCUGAUCUGCGGAGUGCCCUACACCGUGCAGGUGGUGGCGGUGAAUGAGCGCUGCUCCAGCCUGCCCAGCCACAUGGCAGAGUUCCAGACAGUCCCCUGUACCCCUGAGAUCACUGGGGUUCUCCUGGACUGCUACACAGACUCAGCUCUGCUGGAGUGGGCCUAUGCUGGGGGAACUGUGUCCUACACCGCCACGGCUCAGUCCGGGGACGGACAGACAGCCACCUGCAACACAAACCACACCAACUGUAAACUUAUGGAGCUAGCCUGUGGACAGACAUACACUGUCACCUUGAGGGCAUCUGAUGGCCAGUGUGACAGCUUCCAGAGCACCAGCGUGAAAGUGUCAUCAGUCCCCUGUCCUCCCCAGGCUGUUGUAUCGCAGCUUAACUGUUUAGCUAACUCAGCCCGUGUUGAGUGGGAGACCAGCAGUGGAGUAGACUCCUACACCGUCCAGGCUAUGAGCAUGGAGGGAGACGUGACCGGCUGCGAGACCGAUGGAAACGUCUGUUCCAUAUCGGACCUCGUCUGCGGCUCCACCUACAACAUCAGUGUCAACGCCGUAAGCAACGAGUGCAACGUAUCAGAGAGUGCCAUCAUACAGAUGCAGACAGUGCCCUGUGUACCUGAGCAGUUGGAGGCCAAUAUGGACUGUGACUCUGGCUCUGUGUCCGUAUCUUGGAAGCCUAGCAACGGUGCCACCUCCUACACAGCUGUUGCCCAGGGCAACGGUGGCUACGCAUCGUCAUGCAACAGCAGUGACACCUCUUGCCAGUUCCCUGAGCUGCUAUGUGGCCUGUCCUACAGCAUCACCGUUCAAGCCUCUGACGAUGUGUGUAACAGCGCAGACAGCAGCGCCGUACAACUCAACACAUUACUCUGUGAGCCCCAGAAUGUCAGUGCUCAGAUGGAGUGCGGAAGCAACGCUGGACUGGUGUCAUGGGAACAGAGGGAGCUUGUGUCUUCCUACCUGGUGCGUGCGGUCAGCCCUGACGGACACCGGACCCAGUGUGACAGCAACGCCACCAGCUGCAGACUACCCAACAUGCACUGUGGCCAACAGUACAACCUAACCGUCACAGCCCAGGACGGGAGUUGUGACAACAGCAAUGCAUACCUGACCCUGCAGUCUGUCCCCUGUAACCCCACCAACGUGCAGGCAUCCCUCCAGUGCCUCUCUAACUCUGCAGCGGUGACAUGGGAGCGGGCCAGCGGCGCGGUGUUGUACCAGGCUGUUGGCACAACAGAUGGAGGUCACCAGACGAUGUGUAACAACAGUCAGACACACUGUGAUCUGAGCGGACUGCAGUGUGGACAGACCUACAACGUCACUGUGGUCUCCGAAGACGACACCUGCAGCAGCGUAGACAGCGACACGGCACAAGUCAGGACAGCUCCCUGUCCUUCCCAGGACGUGGCUGUGGAUGUACAGUGUGCCGCCGGCUCCAUGAAGGUCACAUGGUCCGCCAACCCUAACGCCGAAUCCUUCCAUGUGACGGCUGUGACCAGCGGCUCCCCCGACCUGUCAUGUGACUCCAGGGGUCAUCCAAUAAGAACCGGGUGUUCCAUUGAGAACCUUCCAUGUGGACACCUCUACAGCGUCACGGUUACCUCCAUCAGAGGUGGCUGUAAGAGCAAAGUCAGUGGUGCCGUAGCGGUGUCCUCAGCUCCAUGUGUCCCCCAGAAUGCUAAAGGUAGUCUGGACUGUAUUUCUAACUCUGUCUGGGUGUCUUGGGAUGCCUCCACCGGGGCUCAGACAUACACAGUCCUGGCCAACGGCGGCGGAGGUGUUAACUCCACCUGCACUUCUUAUUCUACUGCCUGUAAUGUGCCUGACCUGGCCUGCGGAACCCAGUACACCUUCCAUGUGACUGCUGUCAACACACACUGUCAGAGCUCACCCAGUAAUACCUUCCAGAUCGAGACAGGUCCUUGCUCCCUGAAAACCAUCACUGCGGUGAACACAUGCAAUAGCAGCAGUAUCGUGGUUAGCUGGGAGCAUACAGAGUUAUCUCCUACCAUCGUGGCGACGGCAGAGGGACAAGACCAAUCCAUGUUCACCUGUAACAGCACGUCCACUUCCUGUGAGCUCAUGGGAGUGCGCUGUGGCAUGCACUACACCAUCAUCGUCUCCGUCCCCUCCGACAAGUGCAGCACCUUGAGGAGCCCACCCAAAAAGAUCAACACAGCUCCCUGUGUUCCUGAGGAUGUGACAGUGGUAGCGUCCUGCAAGGCAGAAGGUACAGUGGUGUCCUGGGCUCACUCCUUGGUGGCCCAGUCCUACCUCCUCACCGCCACCAGCCGAGGCGGUGACGUCCGCACCUGUAACAGCUCUAUGAACAAAUGUACCCUGGAUAAGCUCCACUGUGGUCAGCCCUACACAUUCAGCGUGACCGCCAGCGCCAGCACCUGCACCAGCCAGGCCAGCCCCAACGUCACCUUCAGCACAGCGCCCUGUGACCCCAUUGGCUUGUCCGUUCAUUACCAGUGUGAGACUAGCUCGGGCGUGCUGUCCUGGUCCCCCAGCCAGGGCUCUGUGGGGUACUACGGCUUUGCCCAGUCUGAGGAUGGGGACAUGCUGUACUGUGACAGCAUGGACACCUCCUGCACAAUCCAGGGUCUUGACUGUGGAGCCAUGUACAACUUCUCUGUGCUGGCCUCUGAUGGAGCCUGCAACAGCUCGUACAGCCAACCCCUGCUUGAGGGAGCAGCCCCCUGCGCCCCUGCCACCGUGCGGAACCGCAUGCAACUGAUCGGCAAGACCCACUUUGCCCGUACCUCCUGGAGUGCGGUCGUCUGCCCCAAUGUAGAGUACCUGGUUGAGAUGACCGGCAUUAUCCUGGAGGACCCGCAAGCCAUGUUCGAUGUCUCAUCCUAUUGGAUUAAGUACACCUUCUUUGAGUUGGCCCUGCCAUGUGGCUCCUCCUACAGUCUGACAGUCCGUACCAGGAACUCUGCCGGAACCAGCAAGCCCUCCACCCCUGUUACUGGGACAACAGCUCCCUGCGCACCUCUGGCCGUGAACUACACGGGUGACAACACGCCUGCCAUGCUGUCCUGGGAGGCUGCAGUGUUCGCCACACGGUACACCGUCUACAACGUGACUGGAGACGGCCGCACGCAGGUGUGUUCCACCACGGAACUGUCCUGUCAGCUUAACAACGUCCAGCCAGGCACCAUCGAGGUUACCGCUAGCAACGCUGUGGGAGAGAGCGUCCCCACCAAAGACAUCAACGGGCCAUCAAAUCGCCACAGAAGAGAUCUGGGGAUGGCAAAGCCUGCCAUGUUUGCUGACUUCCGCAUCAGAGAGGAGCUGACCGAACCCAAGGUGCUAGUUGCUACGGUAACAGGUGUUUCCCUGCACAUGGAGUGGGCACCGGUGAGGGACGCCACCCUCUACACCAUUAUCAUCGUCCAAGAAGACACACCAUCCAGACGCCAGGUGCUGACCGUCUCUGAAGAGCUGACCAAUGUGAACGACCUCGAGCCCUCCACAAGAUAUUGCAUCUUCGUCUCGGCCAAGAACGAAUACACCCAGAGCAACUACUCCAAGGAGUGUGUCACUACUGGAGUCCCCAUGUGAUUAGCUUGACUUUCACCCCAACCAAAUGGACAUUACGGUUACCCCGGCAACCACCAAUCGAUGUAGUGUAAAGAGAAUCAGUGACUGCUUCCUGUCUCUAGAAGUAAACACCCAAGGCAGAAGAGAGGCUUUUCAACAGACUGAGGGACAGGGAGGGGGUUACUGUUGUUAAGCUUAAAUUACUAUCACAAAAGGCAGUCUUUAUCGCAUAGAUGAUCCUACUAAAGCAAUGUUAUUUUCGAUUAGCUUGAAAGCUGAAAUGUGGUAUUUUUUGUUAUUUUAUACAUUGAAAAUACUUUUUAGAGCUAGGUAUCAUUUUCUUGUUUUUUGUAGUCGGUAAGAUAGCAGCAUGUGUCUUUAUAUUGUGUAGUUCUUUGAAAAAAGUAUGCCUAAAUUUAUUUUUAUUUAUCUUAAAAUUGUUAUAUUUUUGAGACCUACACGAACAACACUUUUCUGUCCACUAAAUGUAUUUUAGAUUCUUCUGCUGGUUGUAUACAUGAUUUGAAACAAAGAAAAAGUAGAUCAAGAGAGCAAAUAAAUGCUAUCAAGCAAGUAGUAAUUUAUGAAGCAAUAUUUGUUGUUAACCAUACAGUAUGUGUUCUAUCUGAUGAACUAUACAUCUUGCCUCAAAACUAUAGCUACAAUAGCUAUUUUUAUAUCAAGCACAGAUUUAAAAGUAUGUGAAACAUUAAAAUAGUUAUUCUCCAUAAAGAGCAUUAGAUAUCAAGGUCCUGCUGGGUCUUUCACUUGGCAGCUAUCAUUGUAUCCAUUAUAUAUAACAGCCAAUGAUAACUCCUCAUCUACAUUAUCUACAGUAGUUUUAUGGGAGUCUGGAUGAUGGGAGUCAAUACUUUUGAUUUCAUGUACUGUAGGAAACAUUUCUGCAUGGACCCGAAAGACAAGUUAGAAUGUUGAACUCGGACCAUUCGGGCAGACAGGUCAAUUGAUAUCUGAGCAUCAGCAGACUCUCAAACAAAUGGACAUACUUGAUGCAACCCAGGAGCCUGUGAGACCCAUGUGAACAUCCCUGAUUCAGAUUCUUCUUUCUUGUCAUCAAACCAAGGCUAUAUAAAAACAAACAAUCAAAUAUAACACAUGCACCAAUAACUGGGAAGAAUUAACAUUUAAUCCAUGGAAAAUCGUUGAAAAAAUCCGAACUCUGCUGCAGCCUGUUAUUUAGGCCAGGGUUUCCCAAACUCGGAUUUAGU